CUGACUGAGCUGCUGUAACCAGAGAGCUGCAUUUCUCCCCACUCAGCUGCACUAUCGCUCUAGAUAUAAAUAGAUUUACUGAAAGCUACACAGGGGCUGAAGGAAUCCCAUCACAACAGAAGGCAGGGCUCAUUCUUCCUGCUGUACGUGAAGUGGACUGAUCUCAGACGAGCGACGGGACACCUUCAGCCUGCAGAGAGACAGGGUGCAAACGAUUUGCUUAAAGGCUGCACAGAAGGAUUUUGGAACAUAGAGGAAACACAUCCCUGUUUGGAGAUGGGUGUGCACAAAUCCAAGCCCAAGACACAAGCCCAGGUUCUGAUUUUAGGCCUCGACGGCUCGGGGAAGUCCACCCUGCUCUACAAGCUGAAGUACAACGAGAGCGUGGUGACUGUGCCGACCGUGGGCUUCAAUGUGGAGAUGCUGGAGACGGACAGGAGCAGCCCGAGCCUGACGGUGUGGGACGUGGGCGGCCAGAAGAGGAUGAGGCCCCACUGGAAGCAUUACUACGCUGAUGCAGCUGGACUGGUGUUUGUGGUGGACAGCGGGGACCAGACGCGGCUGGAGGAGACACGGAAGGAACUUCACCGGGUUCUGAGGUGUGAGAGUCUCCGAGGAGUCCCUGUUGUGGUCCUUGCUAACAAACAGGACCUUUCAGGGGCUCUGAGCCCGGACGCACUUUGCCUGAAACUGGAUUUGAGAAGAGUGUGUGUGGGCAGAGGCUGGUUCAUCCAGCCCUGCUCAGCCGCCACUGGGAUGGGACUGGAGGAAGGAUUCAGGAGGAUGGUGUAUCUGAUGAAGACGCCCCUGAAACAGACUCAGGAAGACAUUAAAGUUAAGAUGAAGUCCAAGUGCUUCAGUGUCCCAAAAGUGAAAGAGGUCUUUAUGUGCAGCAGGUGAUCGAUGAUUGGUUGAAUGUUUUGUGAGGGAUCCUUUCUCGCCUGCUUGCGUAGCUCAUCGCUACUCAGACUCACUGACUGCAGGGUUCACGCGUGAGGAGGCAACACAGUGUUAGUGUCAGUCUCUUUGGAAAAAGGAGCGUUUGCUGAAAUCUGAAGAAGGCUGUUUGUGGAUGGCGAAAUCUCACCACAAAGCCUCUGUGAGUGAUUUUGGAUGGUUCUGACUCCGUGACGUUGUUGAUGCCACACCCAAAGCACUGCCUGGUAACAAACAGCGUCCAGUCAAGAUGUGUGACACAAGUAAGAUUGAUUUCUACUUGUGCAGAUUUAAAAUUCUUUAUUUGUACUAAUGUUAUGAUUGAAAUAACAAUGUUUAUUUAUUAUUAGUUUUGAUUAUGCUAAUGUUGUCUCUUCACCUGUGAAGCAGCCAAUGUGCUAUAAUUUACAUGAUCAAUUUUUUUAAUUUCUUUGUCUAUUAUAUCAGUUCAGGUUUAUUGCCUUAAAGUUUUAAUAUUGUGUAACACCUAGUGUAUCUUAUUUACCUUACGCAGAUUUGAUUUCUUUCCUCAAAACUUGAAUCACUUGCAAAUCAUUCAGUGUUGCGCGUUAAUCCUCUCUCCCAUCACCCUCUCUGUUUUCUCUCCGUCUGAAAUAAAAAUGUGCAUCAAGCAGAGUUCCCCUACGCGGCGGUGCUCAUUACGGUAGCUGAGGAUUAGCAGCUCAGUCUGUGCACACAGGUUAUGAAACGCAGACUUUCUUAAAGCCGUUCAAAUUAGCACAAGCUUUGCUCAACCACGCCUUUCUCCUGGUAGCUUUGCUGGAGUUGUGCAGUUUUUUUCAGGUGAGAAGUAACUGACAUCUAGCAAAAGAGGGAAAUAAAUAAAUAAAUGAUACUGAUGAAUGUACAGGGGUACAGUGGUUUGGACGUGAUGAAGAAGGUGGACUCGUGUUACAAACCCUGAGCCUUUAGUGUGAGGCACCUUUGGUAUCAGUUCUAUUCACAUUCAAAACAAAACCUUCUGUCGAUACUUGGAGAGUUGAUCCACCCGUCUGUCAUGAUGGCACAAAGUCUCCAUUAGAAACCACUCACGCAGAAAGAACUCACGCUGCUUUAUGUAAACAUAGACACCACGUCCCCGUGAGGACAUGGGUGUGCACAAAUCCGAGCCCAAGAAUCAAGCACGGGUUCUGAUUUUAGGCGGCUUUUCAGGAGCACUUCGCCUGAAACUGGGUUAGAGAAGAGUGUGAACGGGCAGAAGCCGGUUCUUCCAGCACUGCUCACUGGGAUGGGAGAGGGGGGAGGUUCCAGGAGGAUGGUGGAUCUGAUGAAAACACUCCUGAAACAAACUCAGGAAGACAUUAAAGAUUCAAAUGCUUCUGUGUAACCGUUUUUUUUUUACCUUGUGGAGGUUUCUUCUCGGCUGCCUGUGUAUCAAAUAACAUGUCGGGUCGAGCUUUGUUGUGAUAUUUUUCAUUCGUUUCAUAUUCUGAACAGGAUUUGCUCUAUUUAGAUUUGUAAAUUGCAUGACAUCCUAUUAUUUAGUAAAUGCUGAAAAAUUAAAGGCCUGCAACACGGAUUUAUUUUCUUCUUUCAAGUUGGCAAUUUCAGGUGACAAUUGUGAUGUGUGAGGAAUCAACACAGACUUUAUUUUAUUCAUUAAAAAGUCUGCAAGUCUGCAUUAAAAAAAAGUAUUAUGUGGUUACUUAUAGAAAGGAGAGCUGAAAAGCAAACCUCAAUUUUGUUUUUUGCAAUUGGAUAGUGAUAAAAUACUAGAUCCCAGCUGGCCAUAAAGAUCCCUUUUGG